AUGUCUAUUGUUGUCGAUUACUUCAGUAGUCGACCUCGGACUCAUAAGCAAAAUGGAGAAAAGGAUGUUGGUUUUGGUGACAUUCCCAAGGUCAUUGAGCCUACAGUUCUUUUUAGUCCCGAGUCAUCGGCGCCGGUAACUCCUUUGCCUGAAUUAGCAUCCCCGGCUGGAAGUGAAGAUCCUAUUCUCUUGGAAAAGCUCCCGCAGUUUGGUCGCUUAGCUUCAUGGAAGGGGUCUCUGAUUUUGCUUGUGACUUCCGGCUCUCAAUUUCUUGAUAAUGUGUUCAUGACGAGUUCAAACAUCGCUUUGUCUUCGAUUCAAGACGAAUUUGGUGUGUCCAGUACCGACUUGCAGUGGAUCAUCUCAGCAUACACCUUGACGUUCGGGGGGUUCCUGCUACUUGCAGGAGCUUUGUCAGAUCGGUAUGGGAGGAAGAAAAUACUUUGUCUCGGUCUCCUUUGGCUCUCUAUUUGGACAUUGGCUAUUGGGUUCGGACAAUCGUUCAUCCAACUCACUGUAUUUCGCGGAAUCCAAGGUAUUGGAGCUGCUAUGACUGUGCCUUCAGCGAUUGGAAUUAUCAGUUCCUACUUCAGUGGUGUUGAUCGUACCCGAGCCCUCUCCAUCUAUGGGGCCUCGGGAACUCUGGGGUUCUGCACCGGGCUCAUAUUUGGUGGCUUCCUCACCUCAUCCUUGGGAUGGAGAUAUAUAUUCUAUCUGAUUGUUAUCAUUACCGGUGCACUGGGAAUCUUGGGUUUUAUUGUUCUGCCCAGUGAUUUACCAUCGCAGAAACAACACGAAAGGAUGGACUACUUUGGUGCCUUGAUGUCUACUGCCGGUCUGAUCCUUCUUCAGUUUGUGCUGUCUAGUGGCGGUACUUACGGCUGGGAUCAGCCAUUUAUUAUUGUUCUAUUGCUUCUGGCCAUUGGCUUGCUGGUUGGGUUUACUUUCCUUGAGAAGUACAUCAGCAACCCGAUCAUGCCGUUGUCCCUGUGGAAGGUUCGCAAUUUCGCGGGUCUUUGGAUUGCAGGUUUUGCUGGUUAUGGUACCUAUCAGAACGUCAUCUACUAUAUCGUCUUGAUGGCCCAGCAAGUGGACGACCUCUCUGCUGGAGAUACCGCCCUCCGCUUUUUACCCAUGGGAGCAAUUGGAUUCAUCGUCUCUUUGGGGACAGGAAAAUUGCUUGAAUACAUGAAUGGGAAGCACCUUCUCAUCGUUGGACUGGCUCUAGCUGUGGUCGCUCCCAUCCCGAGUUGUAUCACUUCGAGUCCAGAGACAAGCUUUUGGGUCAAUGUUCUUCCUACAUCAUUGAUCAGCAUCUCCGCUGUCUCUUUCAUCUUUGUUACGACCAGUACGGUGGUGUUGACCAGUGUGCCCGUUGAGGUCAAGAGUUUGGCUGGUGGAAUGCUGAACACUGCAUUCCAGAUAGGCUCUGGUGUCGCUCUGGCUAUCUCUGCUGCAGUAACUGAAGCUGUCGAUAUUUCCAAGGGACAGAGCCUUGCAAGACAAUACUCCACGGGCCUUUGGUGUUCUGCCGGACUUGCCGGCGUUGGACUAGUUGUUAGUGUUUUCGCGGUUCGGCAAAAAGGAAUUGGACCCAAGGAUCGAUUGGGGGGCCCGGUGGCCCUGUGA